CUUGGGCCCAGCUAAACGGCCGGCAGCAGCCGUCAGCCGAGCAUGGCCGAGGAGAAGCACCGCAUGCUCUACCAGGGCCAGGAUCCCAGCCAGCCGGUGUGGCGCGCCCAGACGCCGAUGGAGCAGCCCAGGGAGAGCUGCAUGGAGCCGCAGCAGCCGCCCACCUACGACGACGCCAUGGCCAAUAUGACCACUCUGCGGCUCUCGGCUGGCACUCCCGAUCCGACCGGCGCCUCCUGCCAGAGCAGCAGCGCCGAUCGUCGCUGCAGCCUCUCCGCACCCGCCGUGCUGCGCAGUCAGCGGCUGGAUGAGAUUGUCGCCCACUGCUCCCAGCGGCCGCCGCUGGAGCCGGUCGUGGGUGGGGGCGAGGUGGAGGUCAUGCCGCGGCAGCAGGAGCCGCGCAGGGAUCGCGCUCGCCUGCAGCAGGCGCACAGCGUCUUUGCUUUGGCGACACAGCCCCGACUGGGUGCCAGCUCCUGCGCGAUUGUGUGCCCCGCCUGCGGCCGACAGGGGCGCACUCUACUGCGCAGCACGCCAAGCACACGCACCCACUGCUGGGCGCUCUGGCUGUGCUCCAUUGGGUGGUGCUGCUGCGCCUGUCUCUAUCCCUACUUGGUGGACAGCUGCCACAACACGAACCACUACUGCACCGUAUGCAAAGCAUAUCUCGGCUCCUAUAGACCCAAGGAUUGCUGCUGAUCCAUCGCUCGAUGCAUCCACUGCUGAUUGACUCUAACAACAGCUCCUUGACUGGCUUGCCUCAAGU